AUGCCUGUCCUAUUUACCAAGCAGAUCAAUAACUUCCAAUACAGCGGACCUGAUCAUGGCUGUGCCUUGCCCGCUACUCCUACCGCCCUUAAGACCAGACUCAAUGAAGCCCUGGCAGGAGUGGAAAGUCUGGAGCGAGAGAAGAAGAAUGCCGUGGCCAGAGGAAAGAGGGCAAAGACCACGGUGAAGAGUCUUUUGGGAGAUUUGAGGGAAAAGAUCCUCAUUAAUGAGGAGCUCAAAGAUUGGCUUGAAUUCUACUCAGGACAUUGGAAGGCUCCCAUUGCAUACUACCUGACUAAGUCUCUGUCUCCAGCAACACAAAGGGUCCUUCUCAGCCAUGCUUUGGAGGAGCUGCAUGCACGGGGCAUUCGGGUGGUAUGUGGAACAAUGGAUGGGCAUGCCUCCAAUGUCAGCAUGUGCAACCAACUUGGAUGUGAGCUGAAGGGAGACCCACGACAGCCGCUUCAAACCAGUUUUCCGCAUCCGGUGACUGGCGAGAAAGUAUUUGUCAUGACGGACGCUUGCCACAUGCUCCAGUUGGCACGUGAUACGUUGCAGGCAUACAGUCCAAUUGCAACAACCACCGGACGGAUCAGUCUAUAUAGCAGGUUUUGUAGUCGGGCAGAUUCUGCGAAAGCUGUCCUGUGAUGUGUGCCGUGCAAGCGUGGUCAGCGAUGAUGUACCAUCAUCAUUUGACGAGAGCUUCCACUUUCUAGCCCUGAAAAACAACGGCGGCCUAGUGAUUCCAUCACAAGGCACAGUGAAGGUGCUGAGAGCUGCAGAGAGGGUGAUUCGACAAGCUUCAACAAAGCAAGUUUCAAAGGUGUCGACAGUCACACACAUGGGGGAACACAUUGAUGAGUUUGGCAUUGACAACCAUCAAUCCAACUUGUUGUCACUGGUUGUGUCUGUAUUUCUUAAGUUAAGGUUGCACCACAUUGCCAAACUCACUUCUCUUGACCUGUAGAAAGGGAGCACAAGAAAGAAGCUCUGCAGAGCAGUCCUCUUUCAGGGGUUUUAGCUCUUGUAAACUCUUUGCAACUUUGUACAUUUAUAAAUAUGGUUUGGGGCAGUUUUGGUUACGGUUUGUUCUUGUGUUAACUUGAGAAUUUACAUUUACAUUGGUCUGCUAUGCUACAUUUGCUGGAAGAGGUACAUGCUGCCGUUUUGAUGUCUAUGGAUGUGAAUGGGCAUCUACCUGGUAUAGAACAGAACGCUGUCUCUCUAUCAGUUUGAAGCCAGUGCCAGCAGCAGGUCUUAAUUAAAAGAAGAUUACACUUGCCAGCGUGCAUAUCAUAUCAGUUACUCUCGGAGUAAGAAGAAGAGAAAUAGAGGGGGAGAGAGGAAAACUAAAGAGGAGAGGGAGAAAGACAAAUGAAAUACGCGUAUUAUUUUCAGUGAUUACUGUCAAAGAAAUCCAAAAUGACUGCAGCUGUGAUAUUUUGGCCCGACUAGCAGCGGCGCCUAAUGAUGCUGAUGUCUGCUGGUUAGCCGGUCUGUCUUUCUGUCUGUCAGCCCUGCUUAUGUCUCAACCGCAACUGGCCUCAUUGUCCUGCAAAACUUGGCUUUUGCAAUGAAUUAAACUGGGUGGCAUUUUUUGUUAGCAUGUUAGUUUUUUAAAUUACGUUGUAAUUUUGCAUCACAUGUGAAGUGUGAAUUUGAUUACUUCUGAAGGACCAGUUUGAACAGCUUUUUCCCAAACCAAAGAGCUUUAGUUGGCUUAGAUUUCUCACCAGGGUAGCUUUGCUAUGGAUCAACUUCUUCCAGUGUGAAGUGACUGGUUGGUUGUAAAGCUACAAAUGCUUUAAAAUGGUUUCCACAACAACCCCCGAGCCCAUAGUGGUGUCUGCAAAUCGCUUCUUCAAGUCCAACCAAAGUCCAGCAUCCAAAGACUCUAAUUUAUUGUCAUCAAUGACAAAGAAAAGCAGAACAUCCUUAAAUUUGAGAGGCUAGAAUACUUAAUUGACAGCAAUUUAUUGUUUAUCCAAAUAGUUGGCGAUUAAUUUCCUUUGACUGACUUAUCAAUUAAUCAACUAAUCUUGAUAGCGCUAUAGGGGGUGGCUGGUAUGGAGUUAGUGAUAACACAAAAAAAAACAUGGCAUGCAUAAUCUCACAUAUUAUUGGAACAAACCCUUUAAAUUCCAAACAGUUUUUGCUCUCAAAUGAUCACACCUUUAGGCAGGGAGAGAACAACAAUGUCUUUCUGACAAUUUGCAGACGGCUAAUGGUCCUUCAGGUGCUCAGAAUUAUCGGAGCUCUGAACAUAAAUGUCACAGCAGCUGAGCAAACUCAAUCUGCUUCUGAAGAUCAUGUGGUACUGGCGAAAACUCCAGAACAGGUGAUUAACUGAACCUAAACCUGAGUUUGUCAGCUGUUCAUUACUGUUCCAUCCAGAGUCUCGGUGUGGGCUGCAGUUAACGAUUCAGCCUCCAGGGGCCAGGCGUCUGUUCAUGCUUUAUUGGCAUGAAUGUAACAGAGACAGUGCUGCCAAAGCGUUAAGUAAUAUUGAGAUUCCCUAAAAUUAAAAAGGAAAAGGGAAAGAUGUCAUUUGUAAAAUCAAGAAAAUAGUAGAAAAACAACAACAUUUGAUCUGUGUUGAUGUUGGUGGUGGGUGUGUGUGUGUGUGUGUGUGUGUUGUUGUUGUUGAUAGAGAAAUAAAUAAUUAAAAAUGAAACAAUUAAAAAAAAGUAAAUACCGAGUCAUGUUUCUCAGGUUCCACAGGCUGUUUCUAUUGCUGUACAUACAUCACAUAUUUCAUAUAUCUGAAUUUUCUAUUACUAUUAAUCCCACUAUGACUAUUAAACUACGCCGAACCACGUGUUCUCUAUCAUAGCUAUAUGUAUGACGUUUGCAGCAAAAAAAACCUGCAUGAAAACCAGUUUUGAAUUCAGAGUUACGGUUGAUAAAGUGCGCAUUGAGCUGCCAAAUGAAAUUCUUGCUGAGUUGAUUUAAAGUCCCUUACUGAAAAACUGACUGGGUCCCUCACAUUAUCCUAAAUUAGUGCUCCUCAGGCUAACAUUAGGUCAAUGGCUUUCAUAAUGUUGGCAGCUGUGCAGGGCAGAAGAUCAUGCAUCGCCUUCUCCUCCUGCAGAUGCAUCAUUUUUUUCUAAUCAUCUUAUGAUAGCCUACUGCCUGAGUAAGCUAGCUGUUAGCCUACUGGCACAGUUGAACUAUUGGGGACAAGAUCUCUUCUCUAAAUAUGCAGUCAAAUCGUCAGUGUAGAACAACUGCUCAUCAGUAACCACUUUAAAACUUACUUCAGAGUGAUGUAGUUAAAGUAGGUCCUCACGAUCCAUUCGUGUUUUGAGAUAUGUUUAUUCUGCCUCUCAUGUUUGGCUUUCCAUAAUGCGUUACUUUGAACGUGACGUGCGGAGACCUGUCAAUCAACUGAGGUGGCGCCUGAUGUGUCCAAUCAGGUUCCAGAGGUGACCAGCGCUACCAGGGCAUCACUGUAGCUCCGCCCCUUCAUGAAUUUUCAUAAAAUAAUAUUUCAUGAAAAUUCUUUUCAAGAAAUUUCUGCCAAAUUAAGGCAAAUAAUUACAAAAUUAAAGCAAUUUCAAAUGUGAAAACUGUUUGGUGAGUUAGUGAGUAUGUGAGUAUUGGUUGUGACUGUGUGACAGGCAUAAUAACUGGCAAGAAAAAAAAUCAGAUAAAAGUGGGCACCAUGAGUGAUAGUCGGACGACGAGAGAGGCCUAUAAAUACGGCUGGAGUUCCUCGCUGAUAUUGUAGGAGCUAAUGCCACUGAGCGUGCUCCCGCUUCAUAGCUGGUCGAACCAUGCUGCUGAGCAUGGGUCCCGCUAACAUCAAUGCAUGUCAGCCCGCUUACAGGACAGGCAUUCCCGGCCAUGAGUGACGGUAGAGACCGGCUCCCUCCUCAUAGGCCGGGGAACGCCACAAUACAAGCCGGCUGUCAAUGCAUGAUAAUGAAGCGGUAGAGCUCCGGUGGGGUUAGUUCCUACUUUUGCAACUAAAGAGGUAGUAGUAGUUGGUUAUUAAGUUUUAUAUU